AUGGCUGAGAAUACUGAGAAACCGGUAGCUAAUAUUCAGGUGAAGAAGAAGAAAUCGCUGGGGAGACAAUGCGCUGCUUUUGGUUGUUAUAAUUUUUCCUAUAACACAGAUGGUUCACCCAGUGGCCUACAUUUUUUUAAGUUUCCGCAGAAGAAUCCAGAGAAGAGAGUUUGGUGUAACUUGAUCAAAAGAGUUGAUGGUUUGGAUGGUUUUAAAGUUACUGCAAGUACAGUGUUAUGCCAAGAACAUUUCAAAGAUGAAGAUUUAAAGCGAAACCCUCAGCGAUGGAAGUUACAUCAUGGCACAGUUCCUUCGUUGAAGCUUUAUAACAGUGAUGCGAGGACCAGCAAAAUCUCCCGUAAGGCACCAAAGGAUCGCAGCCACUAUUAUGAAAUCCCACAACCGCAGCCUUCUUCUUCUGCUACAUCUGAACUUGAUGAUUGUUCUGAUUCCAUUCAAGAAGAUGUUUCUAAUUACGGAAACAGUUCUACGCAAACAAGUUUUUCUUUUGUCGUGGCCCCCAUUUAUUUUGAUGAUGAUUCUAGUGAUGAUGAAAACAAGUCAAGUAAUGAACAAAGGGAGUAUGUCAACCUUCAAAAAAAGAUUGAUGAACUUUCUUCCCAAGUAUCAAAUUUAAAUGCUAAACUGUCUGUUGCAAAAAAGGCAUUUUUUUCACUUGAAAAGUUGCAAAAUGAUGAUUCUGCUGUCAAAUUUUAUACUGGUUUUCCUAAUUAUUCUUCUCUUCGAUCUGUCUAUGAGUAUCUGGAACCAAAGUUGCAGAACAUUUCUUACUGGCGUGGCUCUAAGUCUCAUGGUACAUCCAAACAAAGACCAGAGUGGCAAGAAUAA